AUAAAAUGACCAAUCACGUGCGGUAGCGGCGCGCGUUCCCGACACUCACCGAAGUCCAGGAACUGCUUGAUGGAGAGCGGCGAAGGGGAGAAUUUGGAGAAGUGCUCGAUGUGUUUGGGGAGACUCGCCAGCGCGGCGGUCUUCAUGAUGCAGCGAACGAACUUCAUGGUUGACGGCCGCCGCCGAGGGAAACGAACGACUCGCUCCGGCUGCGGCAAGCUAGUCCCAGCCGCCGAGCUCCCCUCGAGACGAGGGGGGCGGGCACUAACGGAGAGCAGCCAAUGGCCGCGCGGGGAUUGCUAUUUCUUCUCCGGCUGAGUCAAUAGAACCUUCCAAUCGGGGUUGGAUCCAGAUUUAUCGCCAUGUCGAACCAAUAAGAGAGCGCGAUGUGAGUCCGAGCCGCACCGCACACGAGCGACUACAGGCGGCGUGCUUGUGCUCGGCUCUCCCCGUCCGCUUCCAAUCUGCUUCUCCGGACGGCGAAGAGGAGGCGAGGGAGCGCCUUUUCUACCGCGGACGUGCCCGCUUCCCGCACGCUGCACCCGGCCAUGGGCCCCACGGCGGAUCGGCCCACGGCAGCGGAGCGUGAGUUCAAAUUUGAUACUAUAUCGUUGCGCCUCCACGUCGCUCGUGGACGCGCAUGUAUCUCAGCCAUAUUGGUUUGCUGUUGCAACACGCUUACACACACACACGCGCGCGCGCAGACACACGCACAUGCAUGCACACGCAUGUCAGGGUACAAAACGUUCCAACGGGCAUUUUCUAGGUGCUUUUGUGAGUAUAGCACAGGCGGGGCGGAUGAUAAAAGGGAGGAUGAGGAGGAUGGAGAGCAGCACUCUGCAAAAGUAGCCCACGUUUGGCACGCUAAUAGUUACAGGAGGGAGACAAAAGGAGCUCGAAACACAUUUUUAGCAACGCGGUCGUCUUCAACGUCACUCGUCUCGCCGUGUUCAGAACUGAGCUAAAGUUGGUGACAAAUCGAACUCGGCUCACGAAAGACGAGGGCAAAAACCAAUGGAGGACUCGACUGUUAGUUUAGGCAUCGCAGCAGAUCAUCGGGAUCCCCGAAUAGCUAACGCGGCCCCUGGCGGCUGCGAGGAGCGUAGCGAGCGCAUCAGGCAAUACGGCCUUGAAAAAUAAAUAUCAGGUUUUCGCAAAAAAAAAAAUCCCUUUUUUUUAUUUGAACCGAUUCUCACCACUUUGUAAACAGGAAGAUUUCAUCUCUUCUACGUUUUUCAACGGGUAGGCGUGGGAAGAGGGUCUCGCCCAGUUCGUAUGUGAAAUUCAGGUUUGUAAACCUGUACUCAAAAUAGACUACGUGUCGCUGCAGGUAGUAGAAAGUGUUUAUUGCGAUUGUGAGACAUGAUGAUGCAGCGAAUGGCGAAAGCCAUGUAAAAAAAUGCCACUGACGUUCAACUGGAGCCAUGCGGCUGAGGCUAUGCAAUCUCUGUUCGGCGGCGGCGAGCUGGGCCUGCUGGGCGGGGCCGGCGGCGGCGGCGGCGGCGGCGGCGGGGGGGGCCUGAAGGAGGACGGCUGCGGCGGCGUGGGGUGGCGCUCGCCGCCGCUCCACGCCGACGACGUCUACUCGGCCUCGCACUUCGCCCUGAUCGCCGCCUACCAGGACAUCAAGAGCCGGCUGGGCGGCCUGGAGCGCGAGAACAGCAGCAUCAAGAGGAAGCUGAAGAUCUACGAGAUCAAGUUCCCGAUGAUCAGCGAGUUCGGCGAGGACGCCAACUCGUACUGCUCCUUCGAGAGCAAGGAGACGGCGCUGCUGCACUCGGAGAACGGCAACCUGCAGCAGAGGGUCAACAUGCUGACGCACGAGCUUCAGAAGAGGAAGGAGCGCGAGCAGCAGCUGGAGGAUGUGAUCCAGGCCUACGAGAAGAUCCACAUGGAGAAGAGUAACCUCCAGCGGGACUUGGACAAGAUGACGGGCCUGGUGGAGAAGCACGUGGAGCGCAUCCUGGGCCUGGAGGCGGCGCUCCGGCAACGGGACAAUUCUCUGCACAAGCUCAACGUGCAGCUGCACAGCAAAGACAUGCAGUACCUGCAGCUGCACGCCGGGCCCGACGCGCACAGUGAGUUGCUGGACUGUCCCGCCAUGACGCUGCAGAGCUCGCGCAGCCUGGACGCGCUGUCCGACUUGAAGGUGCAGCGGCUGGAGGCCGAGCUGGAGGGGGCGCGGCACGAGGCCCAGGGGGCGUGCCGGCGGGAGGAGGACCUGAAGGCGCAGUGCGAGCGCCUCAAGGAGGACGUGAGGCAGCUGCAGGGCGGCCAGCGGGACAGGGAGAUGUCGUCGCCGUGCAAGCAGUGCGACGUGGAGUGGAUCAAGAAGGUGGGAGACGAGCAGGUCAACCUGGCGCUGGCCUACACGGAGCUGACGGAGGAGCUGAGCCGCCUGCGAGCGCUGAGCUCCAAGCAGACGGAGAUCCUGAGGAAAGCCUCGCAGGAGCAGCACAGUCCAGUCCAGUUGCACUCUCCCAUCCACCACCAGCGCCACUCGCCCAUCUCUCAACGCCACUCUCCGGUGGCACCGCCUCCGCCCGCGCACCCCUCGCCCAUCCAGCAGCGGCGCUCGCCCGUGCUGCAGCGCCUCUCGCCCGACACGCACCGCCGCUCGCCCCUGCUGGACGUCGGCGAGGCGGGCCCGGCCUCGUACUCGUGCCGCCCGCCCAGCCAGCACCUCCGCGCCAGCUUCCGGGGCCGCCGCAGCUACUCGGAAGUGACCGACCCGUCGGCGUACCAUUGCCCGCCGCGCUUCUCCCUGGACCCCGUGUCCACGCUGCCUAAGCCUCGCCCCUUUGUGGACGGCUACUCCAAACAGACGACCCAGCACCCGUCUCACGGCGGUCUCCAGCACAGAGGGGCGACAUCGCCCCACCAGGGCGGCGGCGGAGGAGACGACAGCGCCAUGCGUCACCCCAGGGAGAUGCCCUUUCCUCUGCGCUUUGAGCCGACGCCGCCCUCCGCGCAGGCCCCGCCCCCGCCGCCUCCCCCGCAGUCCUCGGAAGACGAGGAGGAGUGGACCUGCUCGCAUCCCAUCAGCCCGCCCAGGACGCUGGGCACGCUCUCCACCGCGGUGCCCGGGGGCGCCAUGAGGGGUCCGGCGUCCUGCUCGGUCUUCCCCGCCCCCCAGUGCCCCAACGCCCUGGGCUGCCGCCCCCAGCCCGGCUACAUAUUGGCCGAGCACGCUCAGUCGUGGCCCUCCAUCAACCUCUGGAUGGAGACGGAGGAGAGCGACGUGCGGAGCUGCCCGCUCUGCCAGCUGAUGUUCCCCGUCGGUUACCCUGACGACGCCCUCAUCAAGCACAUUGACUCCCACCUGGAGAACAGCAAGAUCUGAUCGCCAUGGCGACCGGAGGAACGACGUGAGAGGGUGGCAGGAUGAUUAUUGUGUUUCUUCUUUUAACUCCAAAAACAAACGUAGGGUUGCAAAAUUUCUGGAAAGUUGCUGGUCAAUGUCCAUGGGAAAUUUAAUCGAGAAUUAAUCGAGAUUUAUGGGAAUUUUGAGGUUCAUUUUUUUCCCCCACGCAUAAUCGCGAAAAUAGCUCUCCUUGCCCACAUGCGAGGUCAUUACGGUAUUAUACUUUCUCCAUUUUAUUUAAUUACAUUUUUUUUGCACUUUUUGCGAUCGGUGGCAAGUCAGAAGCCCACUUGUACUGCAAAUUUUGGCUCAAAACAACAACAACGAACACUUAAAACCAGUGACGGUUUCUGGCAUGCGCCCAAUGUGCGACCGCACAGGGCAGAAUUGCUGGAAGGUGGUGGCAGCGCGCCACAAAAUUAAAAAAAAAAAUUAUACAGGAAAUGGUUUUCUAUUUUGUAAGGCAAUAAUUAGCAUUUGUAUGAGGAAUUUGCAUAUUUAAAUUCCCUACCCUUUCAAUUGGUUAAUUGCUGUUUUAUUCCUAUAAAUUCUCAUUAAUUCCCACGGAGAGUUCCCAGAGUUUUGCAACCCAACCGCCAAGCAAGAAAAAAAACCAGAAGCCACCAGGCUUCGGGUUUUCUUUUCUUUUUUUUUUCUUUCCCCCCCGCCACCAGGUGCACGGCUCCAUCUUUCGGAUUUGUGAGUCUGGUCCCGUGCUUUUUCUUUGGCUUGUUUGCUUUGUUUUCCAUGUCUUUACGAAUCAUGGCGGUCCAGUGGUUCUGCAUGUUGGUGUCACCUUCACAGUCCAAGCUUUAAAGACGAUCGAGCCGGCAUGAAACAUGAACAUUUGUACUCAUGUUAUACCUUUUACGCUUGCACCCUGUUUAAAAAAAUGAUUUUUUUUUUUUUUAGCACUUUACGCUAGUUUUUAGCCUUUGCCGUCUGUCUGUCUCAAGCCCCCCUAUAUACAUUGUGACAUUAUUUAUAUUGUAAAUCUGUAAGGCAAAAAACCCCAAAAGAUUUAUAUUUUUGCAGCACAGGUUUGGGGCUGGUGACACAAGCUUUCACACGGUGUACAGAAAAACACAGACGAGAAGCACUGGGGGUCUUCUUAAAAAAAAAAAAAAAAUGUAAAAAAAACCAAGCGCUAUCGACAAAACUAUUGGGUCAGUGAAUUAAUUCAGGGGUGGGCAAACGUUUGUGCUCAAUGGACACAAUUUGGGUUUUUGAAAUGGAUGGUUGCAGAUGAGGUAAGUGAAGUAAACUGAAAGGUUAAAUAUGUAUACAAAGUGUGUAAAAUAGCGUAUUAUAAUGAGGAAAUUAUCAUUUAGUCUCAUUUUUCAAUUAUAUUUAUCUGAUAUUAUGUAAUAUUAGUUUAAUUUAACUAAGUCAGAUUGUUGAUUGUAUAUACUGAUUCAAAGGUUAGGGUCAAAGAAAUGUGUGUUUUUGUUUUUUAAAGGAAAGCACCCCCCCCCCCCCCCUCCCAAUGAUGACCACAUUAAAAUGAUUACAGAUACAAUCUAAAAAUCGUUAAUAAAAAAAAAAGUGCUUGGGAAAAAAAUGAAAGUGACCCUGAAAAUUGGUAAUGGUUAUUUUACUCAUAUUUGUUUUCUUUUUACAAUGUAGAAUAACUAAAUAAAGCAAUCAUUUAAUGAGAUCAGUAAAUAAACCAAUUUUAGGCUAAACUACUACAAGUGCUCUUUAACAAUAUCAAUGUUCGGUUGGCCACAAUAAAGGACGGAACGAGAUGCGUAUGCGGCCUGCGUGCCCAACUUUUGCCCUCCCCUGAAUUAAUCAUCGUCACUCUCGUAUGCUGAAUCGUAUGCUUCCAAUUUUUCAGGACGACGGCCUUCUCGGUGACAUCCGACCUCACAAACGGACGCACAAAAAAAACAAUACUUUUGUCCAUGCAGUGUACCCGCACGAGAGCAACCAAGUUCGACAACAAACAGCAAAAAAAAAAAACUCGAAAAAAAAAAUGUUUUUUUUUUAGGAGAAACAUCUUGAUCUGCUGGUGAACCUUGAUAAGAGGUUAACACUGAUGUCAGCUCAUCUGAGGUUUUGUCGGCCACAUGAGCACGUCCGGGAGAUUAGAGGUUUAGCUUUUUUGAAAUUUUUUUUUUGCCCUUUUGCUCAGCAUCAUAACGUCGUGUCAGCAAAAUGGAUCAAUUGCCGAGCCGCGACCCGCUCGGUGGAAACGCACCCGAGCGUGAAAAACAUUCGUCAACAUUCCCGUGGCGCACCGUCCGCUCCUUUCUGAAAAGUCAUUUUGUUUAAAAAGGGCUACUUUGCCACCGCUUUGCUCGUCGCAGUAUGAUGACAUCACCAACGCGGCUCAUUCGGCCAGAAGAUUCGUAAAUCGGAGCGGAUGAUGUUGUUGUCGUACGAGUGUGAAAACAUCUCAAGAAGGUCACUGUUGUGCUUCGCAAAUUUGAGAAAACAAAAAAAACAUGCGUCACCAAAAAACUCUCAAAACUCACACUCAACACAAAAAAAAAUGUGUGGGUGUGAGACAUUUUCUGGUAUGUAUGUACUCGGUAAAUAUUAUAUUUGUCCCUUAUGGCACCUCGUACAUGACACUGCUCCUUUGUUUGGUCGCCUGACGUCACGUGACACGAACUUUCCGUACAGGUUGGUCUUUCACUUCAUUACCAAAGAACACCAUCCAUUUCUCUCAUUUUACACACAGCACUGCUUGAGAAAAGUCCGUUGUGUUCGUUUGACGCCGAGGUGACGCCGCACUUUUUAGUUACGAAGCGACUAACAACAACAACAACAACAACAAAAAGCUAAAUUAACUUAUCCAGUAUGCAAGGGUUAACAUCUACGAUUGUCCGAUGUCAACUUUUCUCUAAAACUUUAUGACAAACAAACAAGUUUACCAAUUAUAGGUUAAUACGAUUUCCGCCUACAUGAACAGGCUUCCCCACGCCGUGUGCCACGCUUCGUUUUUUUGUUUUUCCCCCCCCCUCCCGUUCUUUCUGUCUUUCUACGUUGACUCAGGAGAACUGAAAAAGAAACUCAAGCAAAGGAACAAAUAGUUCUUUUCCACGACAACUCUGAGACGUUUCCCCCGAACGGAUUCACUCAGGAGACAAAUCGGGUUUUACGUGAUCGCGAUGUUGUUUUGCAACACGACACAACGCUGCCAACUGAGAAGUUACGGGACAUCU